CAGUGAAUUGGGAUUUAUCAGUCGUCGAUAUAGAUUUUUGUUCCUCAAACUUUCAUACCACCCUUCCACCAUCGUCAAAAUCGUAGCCUGCGGUGUCCUACCACAACAUCAAAGUAUAUUCUCGGCAUAUCAUACCUUUCUGCUCUUCAGACCAACCGUGAUUCUACCAGCCAUGGGUUACGAGGAUAUCUUCUCGCUGCAGGGAACUCCGAGACAGCCAUACAUCAACUUCUACAAAGAUUGGCGUCCGGGCGUCUCCCUGGCGUUCCAGGCAAGAGUGCUCGUUCUUUUCCACAUCGCUUCCGGCGUCAGCCGGACCGCCCUGCGCAUGGAGCAGAGGCGCUUGAGAUAUAGCAGCGUCAUGGGAACCCCGGCAUUCAUGUUCUACAACGCUAUUGUCAUGGCGCUCGAGGAUGAAGGACUUUAUCGCGGUUAG